AGGUAAUGUAAGCAUUUCAUUUAUACACGAGAGGGGAAACAGGCAUGUCAGCUCUUUGUCCACCACCAUCUCCUGCAGUUGCUAAAACAGAGAUCUCUUUGAAUGGCGAGUCACCUUUAUUAGCUGCCACUUUUGCUUACUGGGACAAUAUUCUUGGCCCCCGAGUGCGGCAUAUCUGGGCCCCAAAGACCGAACAGGUACUUCUCAGUGAUGGUGAAAUAACUUUUCUUGCUAACCACACCCUCAAUGGAGAAAUACUUCGGAAUGCAGAAAGCGGUGCAAUAGAUGUGAAGUUCUUCGUCUUGGCAGAAAAAAGGGUAAUCAUCGUGUCAUUAAUCUUUGAUGGAAACUGGAAUGGAGACAGAAGCACAUAUGGACUAUCAAUUAUACUUCCACAAAGUGAACUUGGCUUCUACCUGCCGCUUCACAGAGUGUGCGUGGAUAGGUUAACACAUAUUAUAAGGAAAGGAAGAAUAUGGAUGCAUAAGGAGAGGCAAGAACAUUUCCAGAAGAUUGUCUUGGAAGGCACGGAGAGAAUGGAGGAUCAGGGCCAGAGCAUUAUUCCAAUGCUGACAGGAGAAGUCAUUCCUGUAAUGGAACUCCUUUCAUCUAUGAAAUCACACAGUGUUCCAGCAGAAAUAGAUAUAAGUGACACAGUGCUAAAUGAUGAUGACAUUGGGGAUAGUUGCCAUGAAGGCUUUCUUCUCAAUGCAAUUAGUUCACACCUGCAGACCUGUGGUUGUUCUGUAGUUGUAGGAAGCAGCGCAGAAAAAGUUAAUAAGAUUGUGAGAACAUUGUGUCUGUUUCUUACACCAUCAGAGCGGAAGUGUUCCAGACUCUGUAGAAAUGAGUCUUCUUUCAAAUACGAGUCAGGACUUUUUGUUCAAGGCUUACUCAAAGAUGCAACAGGAAGCUUUGUGUUGCCCUUCCGUCAAGUAAUGUAUGCCCCAUAUCCUACUACACAUAUAGAUGUAGAUGUCAAUACAGUGAAGCAGAUGCCCCCUUGUCAUGAACACAUCUAUAACCAACGACGAUAUAUGAGAUCCGAGCUGACAGCAUUUUGGAGAGCUAAUUCAGAUGAAGAGAUGUCUCAAGAUCAUAUUAUCCACACAGAUGAGAGUUUCACACCUGAUUUAAAUGUUUUUCAAGAUAUCCUGCAUCGAGAUACAUUAGUAAAAGCCUUCCUGGAUCAGAUCUUUCAUCUGAAGCCUGGCUUGUCUCUAAGGAGUACUUUCCUGGCACAAUUUCUGCUAGUCCUUCACAGAAAAGCCUUAACUUUAAUAAAAUACAUAGAGGAUGACACGCAAAAAGGAAAAAAACCUUUUAAGUCUCUUCGUAGCUUAAAGAUAGAUCUUGACUUAACAGCAGAGGGCGAUCUUAACAUAAUAAUGGCUUUGGCUGAGAAGAUUAAACCAGGUCUACAUUCCUUUAUCUUUGGGAGGCCGUUCUACACUAGCGUACAAGAACGUGAUAUGCUCAUGACGUUUUAA